GCUAGUUAGGAUCUACUAGCUACUUAUUAUUAAUAGCUAUAAGAGCCACUGCUUAGUGGCUUUCCAAGAUCUCUGCAGAGAGAAGAAGAUAAUCACUCUCUGUAUGCCCCUAUACUUGUUGCACCUGUUGCAGCCACUUAACGUCGCCUGCUUCUCGCCACUAAAGCGCCUAUAUAGCAACAAGGAAACCUUUCUGCUAGCCUUUAAAUUAGUGUUUAGUAAGGUGUUUACUACAGAGAAGGUUUGCACAGGCUUUAGAGGUGCUAGGCUAGUCCUACACAAUCUAGAGGUAGUGUUACUAAAGCUUAAUGUGCGCCUGCGCACGCUAAUGCUACUAAAACCUAGCAACGUUGCCUAGGAGCUAAAGACACCACACACUACUUACAAAGCAGAGGAGCAGUUAACUCUAAUUUAAAAGCAAAUUUAGAUCUAUUAAGGGUCUCUAGCAAGUUUGUUAGAUAAGUAGGUAAAAUAGUUAGUAAAGGGUGCUUAGCAGAUAGCUUAUAAUUUAGU